GAGCGUCAUGGCAGUGAGGAGGAGGAGGGAGCAGGCGGAAGAGCGACCAGCAGAAGAACAACUGGAUUUACCCAACCCACUCACCCUUCGGGCGGUUGGAAAGAUAUUUCAGAGGAGGUGGAUUGUUCCAGCUGCAGUCAUUGCUGUCUGUUUGUUUGUACAUGUGUCCGGAAUCUUCUCGGAUGACGUUGGAGGAGGAGUCAACCCGGCGGCCUUCAAUUUCUCGGAGAAGCUCGUCAAGCCUCUUCAGUAUGCCCGGUAUGGCUUAGCUGGCGGCGCCAUCUUCGCGAGUGUCAUGUGGGUCCUCGUCGUCUCUCUUUCCGACAAGGCCGAGGGGAAGCCGACAGGACCGUCGGAACACUGGGCACAGAACGACGCGAUGCUCCUUGCUGUGCUGCUGGGGCUCGGCAUGGCAACAGGAGCAGUCUGUGCCUUCGCUGGGUACGCCAUCUGGGACAUUCUGAGCCAGAACUUGAUGAAGCCGCCGGUCGGAGGAUGAGGGUGAGGCGAGUGACUCGCUUGUCCUAAGAGGAGUCGGCAGCGAAGAACUGCUCGAUACUCUUGACGAAGAAGGAGCUCAUGGCUUGCAAGGACUCAGUCGUUACUCCAGCCACAUGCGGCGUGAGCUCGACGUUAAAUCCUUCCUGGCGAAGUUGCUCCAACUCCUUCAGUCCACUCUGAUCCCCCUCGUCGUCUAUGAAAGGCUCUGCAUGUUUCAGUCAGCAAAGAUCUUGUGAUAUCACUGCCAUGCUCUACAACCUUUCCAAA